UCGCGUUGCCUUCCCGUUCGAUCGCGCGAGCUCACAAUAUUAUUUUUCGACGAUAUCAGUAGGAUAGCAAUCUCCGCCUGUUCCAUCAAGAUUUCGACUAGGAAUCGAGUAUGGAACUCCAGCUAUUCUUGAGAUUUGAUUCGGUUGAUUUAUUGGACUCAUGAUCUAGCGACGGGAGACUGCCGAUCGAAACCCUAGUUCCCGGUUUCAGGGGAUAUUAGGGGGGAAUUGGCCAUGGUGGAUCGAGAGGACGAGGAUCUUCAGAUGGCGCUGCGGAUGAGCCUGCAGAGCUUGCCUCCUGAGGCGAAGCGGAGCAAGCCGCUGGAUAUAACGGAAGAGUCCGUUGAGGCGACGAACCGGAGAGUGCAGCGCGAGCUCAUGGCGACAGCAGCGGAGAAGAGGAUCAAGGCCGCCGUGGCUUCUGGAAAUAAAAGUGUCAGCCCUGCAAAGCCCGCGAGUGCGGGAGAGGAUGGGGGGAAUAGGACUGGCUCGAUGGCGUCAGUCAUUAAGGAUCAGACCAGCAGCACGCAUUUAGAGAAGUCGGGGGAAGGAGCGGAAGACAUGCGUUUUGGUUUCGGAGAGCCUCUCUCAUUAGCAGAUGCCGAGAAGUUGUUUCUCAUGGUGUUCGGAAAUUGCGUGUCGAGGGAUGUUCUAGCACAAUGGAGUAACCAGGGAAUCAGAUUUAGCUCUGAUCCGGAGACUUGCAUGGGCUUGGUUCAAGAGGAGGGGGGUCCUUGUGGUAUCUUGGCCACCAUUCAGGCUUAUGUUUUGAAGUAUCUGCUGUUUUUCUCGCACAAUUUUGGUAAAGUGGAUGUGAACACACCACUAUAUGAACUAGGUCAGAACAAAGUUCAUCAGGAUUCACAAAUAGCAAGCAACAAUUUUGCAUCUAUUACUGACUACAAAAAGGAGAGAGCUUUGGUUUACAGUAUGGCUGAAAUAUUAUUCCUAUGUGGAAGUGGUAAACAGGCUGUGGUUGCAACCAUAGGAGUUGACUGUCGUGAUCUGGAGGGAUCUGAAGGUGAUCAAAGUGAGGUGUUAGCAAAAGCUCUGAAAGAUCUCUCUAUUGCAACUGCUUCAGAUUUGCAGAAAAUUUUAAGAAUUAGUACAUACAGUUCACAAGCAACUGCAAUGCGUCAACUCAUAAAAGCACUUCCUUUGUUUCAAAGCCGCAUGGGAGCAAUGUUGUUCCUUAUAUCUGCUCUACUUUCAAGAGGACUGGAGUCCAUUCAGGCAGAUAGAGAUGACCCUAGCCAGCCAUUGGUCACAGCUCCAUUUGGGCAUGCCUCACAGGAAAUUGUAAAUCUGCUGAUUUGUGGAGAGGCUGUGUCCAAUGUAUUUGAUGGCCGAAUGGAUGUUGGUGAUGGCUUGUUCGUGAAAGGUGUAGCUAUGACCCCAGAGAUUGGGUUCCUUUUACUUCUGGAAUCUCUCAAUUUUUGCAAAGUUGGUCAGCAUCUAAAAUGCCCUAGAUGGCCCAUAUGGGUAGUGGGUAGCGAGUCACAUUACACUGUUCUUUUUGCUCUCAAUCCGGCCGUGCAAGAAGAGAAUGAGCUAGAAGAGCGAGAGUCAAAGAUUAGGAAAGCAUUUGAUGCCCAGGACCAAAGUGGCGGCGGAGGGUUUAUUGGUGUGGAAGGAUUUCAACAAGUCCUCAGGGAGGCAAACAUCAACCUUCCUCCUGCAAAGUUUGAUCACCUCUGCAGUUCAGAGUUCAUAGUGUGGAGUGAACUCUGGCAGGUGCUGUUAGAAUUAGAUAAAAGUUGUGGAGGCCUAAAGGACUCAUCCGGAUUAAUGGGCAAGAAGCUAUUUGAUCUCUACCAUUUUAAUGGCAUUGCAAAAUCAGUAUCCAGCAGUACUGCUGGCGGUGAGAGCCCCCUGCAGAAGCCAAGGCUCUGUAAAUUGAGCGUGGUAGUGCCACCUCGAUGGACACAAGAAGAGUUUCUCGCCGAUGUGGUAAGUAGCUCAGGCAAUGAGCAAAGUGUGAGAGAUCCAGGGAUUUUAGAGCUCAAUCAGCUACCACAGCAUGCACCGCUAGUUGACUGCAUCAGAACUCGCUGGCCUCGGGCUGUGUGCAGUUGGGUUGGAGAUGCCCCAAGUAUUGUGUAAAACCAAGAGCCAAUCGACACAUCCUGAAGGAAAACGCCCAGAUGCCUAAAGUUGUCUGAUUGUUGUAAUGCUACUGUCAAUUUGUUUAUUUAUGAGAAGUGUAAUUUUGUCUCCGGACUGACAUUUGAGGUCUUUUCUUGUCAUAUUUAUGACCAGCUCAAAAAAAAUCUCAGCCAUUUGGCGCGAGUUGAUAUUUAAGAAAUUAUAUAUUUCUAACA